GUGCUCUUGUGGUCAGCUGGUAAACCAACAUGUGGCUAUUCUUCCUGGUUCCACCAAUAAGAGCACAGAUGAAGGUCAGGGGGUGCAGAACGAGCCUUCACAAGAGAAAUGGUCAGUUGCUAAGCACACACAAGCCAUGCCGACUGACGCAUACGGCACCAUUGAAUUCCAGGGAGGAGGUCAUGUCAACAAGGCCAUGUAUAUCCGUGUGUCCUAUGAUACUAAGGCUGAUAGCCUUCUGCAUCUGAUGGUGAAAGAAUGGCAGCUAGAGCUGCCCACUCUGCUCAUCUCUGUGCAUGGCGGCCUGCAGAACUUUGACUUGCAGCCCAAACUCAAGCAAGUGUUCGGAAAGGGCCUGAUAAAAGCAGCAGUCACCACUGGGGCUUGGAUCUUCACUGGAGGAGUUAGUACAGGAGUGAUUCGCCAUGUAGGAGAUGCGCUGAAAGACCACUCCUCCAAGUCCCGUGGGAAAGUGUGUGCCAUCGGAAUUGCACCGUGGGGAAUUGUGGAAAAUAAAGAGGAUCUGAUCGGACGAGAUGUGACGAGACCUUACCAAACCAUGUCCAACCCCCUCAGCAAACUUUCUGUGCUUAACAACAGCCAUUCCCACUUCAUUCUGGCUGAUAACGGCACUCAUGGAAAGUAUGGCGCGGAGGUCCGUCUGCGCAGGCAGCUGGAGAAGCACAUCUCUCUGCAGAAGAUCAACACACGUCUAGGUCAAGGGGUCCCUUUGGUGUGUCUGAUUCUUGAAGGCGGGCCGAAUGUAAUCUCCAUUGUGUUGGAGAGUCUGCGUGAAGACCCUCCUGUACCCGUGGUGGUGUGCGACGGCAGCGGCCGAGCAUCAGAUAUCAUUUCAUUCGCUCACAAGUACUCUGAGGAGGAUGGGUUGGUUAAUGACAGCGUUAGAGACCAGCUUCUGGUAACCAUACAGAAGACAUUUAACUACAACCGCAAUCAGGCACAGCAGAUUUAUCUCAUGGUGAUGGAGUGCAUGAAGAAAAGAGAGCUGAUCACAGUUUUCCGCACGGCAUCAGAGGGUCAGCAGGAUAUUGAGAUGGCCAUCUUAACUGCUCUACUGAAAGGCACAAAUGCUUCAGCUCCAGACCAGCUGAGUUUGGCUUUGGCCUGGAACCGUGUGGAUAUCGCUCACAGUCAGAUCUUCGUCCAUGGACAACACUGGCCUUCUGCUGGGUCCCUCCCCACCUCAUCCACAAGCCAACAGGAUAAACCAAAGAGCCCCAUCGCCACCCGUGCCAGCAAGGGUAAACCUGCCAGGGGUAAGAAGGGCAAAGGUGCCAAAUCCAAACCUGAGCCUCCAGAGGAGACAGACCCUAGAAAACUAGAGCUGCUUAGCUGGGUUAAUUCUCUGGAGCAGGCCAUGAUGGACGCACUCGUGCUUGACAGAGUGGAUUUUGUGAAGCUCCUCAUUGAAAAUGGCGUCAACAUCCACCAUUUCCUGACGAUCCCACGGCUGGAAGAGCUCUAUAACACAAGGUUAGGGCCGAUCAACACACUGCAUUUUGUGGUCAGAGAUGUAAAAAAGGGAAACCUACCGCCAGAUUACCAGAUCACUCUGAUUGACAUUGGCUUGGUUCUGGAGUAUCUCAUGGGAGGGGCUUAUCGGUGUAACUAUACUAGGAAAAGUUUCCGCACACUCUAUAAUAACCUCUAUGGACUGAAAAGACCCAAAGCUUUGAAACUUCUGGGUAUGGAGGACGAUGACCCAAGACCUAAAGGCAAAAAGAAGAUGAAGAAGAAGAAAGAGGAAGAGAUCGAUAUUGACGUUGAUGACCCAGAGGUCAGUCGAUUCCAGUACCCCUUCCAUGAGCUGAUGGUGUGGGCUGUUCUUAUGAAACGCCAGAAGAUGGCGCUGUUUCUCUGGCAGAGGGGAGAGGAGGCCAUGGCCAAAGCUCUAGUGGCAUGUAAACUCUAUAAAGCCAUGGCGCACGAAUCCUCACGGAGUGAACUAGUAGACGACAUCUCCCAGGAUCUGGACAAUAAUUCCAAGGAAUUUGGUCAGUUAGCAUAUGAGCUGCUAGAUCAGUCAUACAAACAUGAUGAGCAGGUGGCCAUGAAGCUGUUGACAUAUGAGUUGAAGAACUGGAGUAACUCCACCUGUCUGAAACUGGCUGUGGCUGCCAAACACAGAGACUUUAUAGCUCACACCUGCAGCCAGAUGCUGCUCACUGACAUGUGGAUGGGCUGCUUGCGGGUGGGCAAGAGCAACGGACUCAAGGUGAUCCUUGGAAUCAUUUUUCCUCCAGCCAUCCUUCUCCUUGACUUCCGAACUGGAGAUGAUCUGUCUUACCAAAACUCCAAAGACAAAGAAGAGAUCAAAGACAAAGAGGAUGAUAACAAAUCUGGCAAGGAUGGCACUGUGAACAUGGAGGCAACAUCUAAGAAAGGUGAUGAGGAAGAUGACAAAAAGAGACAGAAACGAGUGCCCGUCGGGAAGAAGAUUUACUACUUCUUUAAUGCUCCGUUUACCAAGUUCUGGUUCAAUACAACUGCCUACCUGGUAUACCUGAUGCUGUAUAAUUACAUCAUCCUGGUGAAAAUGGAGAGAUGGCCAUCAUUACAGGAAUGGAUCGUCAUCUCCUACAUCAUCACUCUUGGACUGGAGAAAGUUAGACAGAUCCUGAUGUCAGAGCCGGGAAAGCUGAAACAGAAGAUAAACGUCUGGCUAGAAGAGUACUGGAAUAUCACUGACCUGGCUGCCAUUACCACGUUCCUCAUGGGACUGUUACUGCGCUUGCAGAAUGAGCCUUACAUGGGCUACGGACGUGUCAUCUACUGUGUGGACAUCAUCUUCUGGUACAUUCGUGUCCUCGACAUCUUUGGAGUUAACAAGUAUUUGGGACCGUAUGUCAUGAUGAUUGGUAAAAUGAUGAUUGACAUGCUGUACUUUGUGGUGAUCAUGCUGGUGGUUCUCAUGAGCUUCGGCGUGGCACGUCAGGCCAUCCUGCACCCGGACGAGGAGCCGACGUGGCGUCUGGCGAGGAAUAUCUUCUACAUGCCCUACUGGAUGAUCUAUGGAGAAGUGUUUGCUGACUCGAUAGACCUCUAUGCGAUGGAGAUUAAUCCACCCUGUGGUGAAAAUAUGUAUGAUGAAGAUGGAAAAAAGCUCCCUCCAUGUAUACCGGGGGCCUGGCUCACACCUGCCAUCAUGGCCUGUUACCUAUUGGUAGCCAACAUCCUACUGGUCAACCUGCUCAUUGCUGUAUUCAAUAACACGUUCUUUGAAGUGAAAUCCAUCUCCAACCAAGUGUGGAAGUUCCAGCGCUACCAGCUCAUCAUGACGUUUCACGACAGACCAGUGCUUCCUCCUCCCCUCAUCAUCUUUAGCCACAUAUACAUUGUGUUGAAGCGCCUGUGCUGCCGCUGCAGGAAGAAACAAGAAGGGGAACUGGACGAGAGAGACCGCGGGCUGAAGUUAACUCUGAGUCCGGAGGAACUGAAGAGUCUGUAUGAGUUUGAGGAACAGUGUGUGGAGGAGUACUUCAGAGAGAAGGAGGACGAGGCACAGUCUUCCAAUGAUGAGAGAAUCCGAAUCACUUCCCAGAGGGUCGAAAACAUGUCCAUGCGUCUGGAGGAGGUGAAUGAACGAGAGCACUCCAUGAAAGCCUCUCUGCAGACAGUAGACUUGCGCUUGGCUCAGCUAGAGGAGUUCUCUGGCCGCAUGAUGCACGCGCUGGAGCGGCUGGCUGGCAUCGACCGCUGCGAACUGGUCCGCGCUCGAUCCGGGAGCUCAAUGGCCGUCGACCAAUCUGGCCUGCUUCGCCGCGGUAGCGUCACCAGUGCUGAUGGCUAUAGUUUGUAUCGCUGGCACCUGGAUGCCGACGACCGUGGUGACGAGAUGUCAGGGGACAGGAAGGGCCAUGCAGAGAGACGUGGCAGUAUUGGUAGCGGCGAGCUCCUUCUAAAUCCUCAACAUGUUUCUUCCUACGGUCCCACAUUGGAUGUGGUGCCCCUUCGGCAGAGGACACGCUCUAGCUCCAGUGUGGACAUCUUCAUCUCUCCCUGCGAGUCAGGGGGCGGAGGCCAGAUUUCUCAAUCCCCAAAACACACCUCCGCUCAGCUCCCUAAUGACCCACAGGUUCUGUUAGAAGCUAGGAUAGACGCAACAAUGUCACAUCCACUGGAAAGAGCACAGUCCUUGAGGCAGUACCCAACUGAAACUCAAACUCACUCACUUUCAUACGAGAACAGAUCCAAAAGCAGUACAUUGUAUGUUUCAGUGGCACAGUCGAGGUUGGGCAAUCCGGGAAACACAUGGGCUUCGGAGCCUCACGGCCUACAGGAUCAAGCGAACAGAUCGCCAACGUUAGGUCGCUGGCCUCCACGCUUUGAUUACAAAGUUCAUCCCUCCCCGUUCGGCCUUUCACCCAAGACAUCUUCAGAGAAAUCAAGACAGAUAGAGGACCAAGAUAAAGAAGGUGCUUCUAAGGAGAGCAAGAGGACAAAAACGCAACAAGAGAAAAGUGAGGAGAAGAAUGACGAGAAUGAGACAGAGGCAUAUAGCGAAAGCACCAAAACAGAAGGGGGAGAAGAGAAGAGAGAAGAGCUGACAGACUCAGAUCACUUGUAUGUAGCAGAGGACAGGAUGUACCCCUCACUCAGAUCUAAGAGUCUGAACACAAAUCCACGAAAGGUGAAGGCCGCAGGGGACGUCCUAGACAAACCUCGAGCAGCCAGUAGUGUGAAAGACCUGGCUGGGGCCUUUGAAGUCAACACCAAUGACAACAGACCCUCCAAAGAGAGGACAGGCACACAGACAUGAUUUUAUUAAGAUAAUCACAGAAGUGCUAGCAUAAAGAAGCUGAUAAAUGGUUGAUUUUAAUUAUUUUCCAGUAUGAAAUACACUUCUAACACUAGUUAUGCUCAUGCACUGACAUCUUAGCUAACAGGCAUAGCCUACUUCAUUCAUAUUUAUGAGGUAUGUAAUAAAACCUGGUAAUGAAAAGGGAACUCAGGGUCUACCUCUGUGCUGUAGAUAUUAAAUAUCCCAUUUUUCAAAAUAAAGGGAAAUUUAUCUUCAUUGAUGCCGUUUAUUAUUCAACACAUCAUUCCAAAUAUUAUAUAAAUAUUAUCUUAUAUAGUAAAGCACUACAAAAAUAAAUUGGGCACAAAUAACUUAGAAAAGAUAUUUUAAUCUUUUUUACAUAAUCAGUAAACUCUUGACAUAUUAUAGAACAGACAAGGAAAUCAAGGAAGACAUGUUAUAAAACAGGACAUAAAAGCUUGCAUUGAAUAGUCAGUAAGACUUUAUGCUCAUAUGGGAAGUUGAGUGCUGUCACUGUUUCAUUGAAAAAUAUGCAAAUGUGCCUGCAUGCAUAUUCAAAACAUGACUACAGGGCCAUUAAAGGGAUAGCUCACCCAAAAAUGUACUCCUGCUCAUGUUUUCCCAAACCUCUAUGACUGACUUUCUUCUAUGGAACACAAAACAAACAACAGUUUGUUACAAAACAGUUUUGGUUACCAUUGACUUCCAUUGUACAACAUUUCUUGUUCCAAAAAUGUUUUCUUUUGUGUUCCACAGAACAAAGAAAGACAUACAGGUUGAGAAUGACAUGAGGGUGAGUAAACGAUAACAUUAUUUUCAUUUUUGGGUGGACUAACCCUUUACAUGGUAAUGGCACAACUCUGAGCAGCGGUUCUGUCAAAAAGAUGCACAACAGCCAAUGGAACUCGAGCAAUCGUACACCCUUAAACAUAAACAGUAGAAUUAAUCAUUCAUUCAUUAUGAGUAACUUAAGUGAUUGCGAAUUCUGAAAUAUCUAGAUUCUCAGCGUUUCAGUUUGAAUUUUGUGUUCUAAAUUUGUAACAGGCCCACAUGGAAUCUGUACAUGGAAAGAUCUGUAGAUUUACACAGAAAUGUGAACAUCUGAUAUGCUCAAAGGUAAUAAAAGUUUAGUACUCUCCUGUCUGGUUGACAGAUUUGACCAUGUUUAAAACCAUUCAGCAGAAUUUCAAUGGAUUUCCUCCAAAAUCAGCUAUAAGAGUCUGCAGGUUCCAUAUGGGCUUGGUAAAAGUCUAAUAAGCUCAGAGGACACAAUCAAGCUAGUACAAUCUUGCACUUUUUUUUUGAGUGGUUGCCUUCACAAGCUUGACAUUAAGUGGUUUAUGAAGUGAGGAGGCUCUACGAGAGACCCACACACACAGAUAACAGUGCAUGACUUAAAAAAGAUAUUGUUGCAGUGGUAUUGUAAACACUACAUGACUUCACACUCAUAAGAGUCUUAUAAAAGAGGGAAUUAAAAAAGACAACGUACAGAAUACUGUGAUGACAUUUAAAUGAGUAUUAACAAAUAAAUCUCACAUAAGCACAGGUUAACAUGAUUUAUAUGUCGUGGUGAGUAAAAUAUGCUUGCGUAUAAAAAUAUAAUACCAUUAGUAAAUGUAAUACUGUAUAUAUUAAUAUACAGGGCCUAGCUGGCUGCUGCUUCAACAAGCAUUAGGAAAAGGGUCCUAGCCCUCUCUCUUCAUUCUUUUGUCUCUCUUUUCAUGCUCAAUAUAUAAUAUAUGAGAGAUUACAACCAAAAAAAGAAAGAGAAAUUUUGACUGUUAAUAUCAAUCACAGUUUUGAUUUCUUUUUACUUUGGUCUCAGUUAGAAUUAAGGUUAAUAACGUAAAGUCAGGGAAAGGGGGAAGACUACAACUUGUGGAACGCUGCUUUAUAUUCCACAGUUUAUUGCGGCUUUGUAACAGUAACUAAAAAUUUAUAAAAUGGGUGAAUUUAAAUAUACCAAAACA